AUGCCUUCAUUUCUCUCGUCCAUGUCCCGGCUUGGACGGCGGAGAUGGGAGCCACUCAAGUUCUCUAACCACAAUUUUGUCCGGAUACCCACAAAUCAGAAAAUCGAAGAAGAGACCAUCCCCAAUUAUAUUGCUUCUCGAUAUUACCCUACUCGAAUAGGAGAAAUUUUCGAAGAUCGGUAUCAAGUUGUAGGGAAACUAGGGUUUGGAGCUACCUCUACAGUGUGGCUUGCGCGGGACAUGGAGUGGGGCCCUAUAUACCGUCGUUACGUUACCCUCAAAAUCUUCAUUAAGUCUACGUCUAUGGGACAACAAGUGGAUGACGAGCUUAAAAUGUACAAACGCAUGGAGAGAGCUUCGAAAUAUCACCCAGGUCGCAAUGCCGUCAGGUCAUUGCUUGAUUCGUUUAAUAUCGAUGGACCGGAAGAGAAACAUCGAUGCCUCGUCCAUCCUCCAUUAUGGGAGAAUGUAUUGACCUUCUUGCAUCGCAAUCCUAUACGGAGAUUACCUUCUCCAAUCCUGGCUGUUGUACUUCACCGACUAUUUUUAGGACUAGACUACCUACACACAGAAUGCCAGAUCAUACACACUGACAUUAAGGCGAACAAUAUCAUGUUUAACAUCGCCGAUGAUUCGGUUUUUAGUGACUUUGAAGAGAGGGAGCUUCAAACACCAUCUCCAAGAAAAGAGGUAGAUGGCAACACCAUCUAUGUGUCCCGAGAACUUAGGAUGCCUAAGGAGAUGGGGCCGCCAGUCCUGUGCGACUUUGGCUCAGCCAUGCCUGGUGACAUUGAACACUCUGAAGAUAUUCAGCCUAAUAUUUACCGCGCACCAGAGGUGAUUCUUGAAGCCCCGUGGACGUACAGUGUCGAUAUAUGGAAUGUGGGAUGCAUGGCCAUGACAACGAGUUCCAGACAUACCGAAGCCGGGCCCAUCUAG